AUGCUGCUCUACGCCGCGCUCGGCGCCGUCGUCCUCUUCUUCUGCGUCACCACCUCGCCCCAGGCCGUGGCACGCCUCCUGCUCCACCUCGCUGUCUGGCUGCCGUACCACUGCGGCCGGCACGUCGCCUCGUUCCUCGCGCCGAGCUUCUUCUGGAAGUCGGUGCAGGGCGAGGUCGUCGUGCUCACGGGCGGUGCGGGCGGCAUCGGCAAGCUGAUCGCGACAAAGUUCGCCGCCGCCGGCGCCACCCUCGUGCUGCUCGACAAGUCCGCCGAGCUGCUUGACGAGGCGCGCAAAGCCGUCGAGGCGGCGGCAAGGCGGGCGGGCUCGACUGCAGCGGCGACCUACGCGGCGAUGGCGCAGGCCGCCGAGGCGGCGGGCCCGUGCACGAUCCUCGUCAACAACGCGGGCAUC